AUGUGCGGAGCGGACAGUGCGAGGGCUCCGCAGCCAUGGGGCGUCGCCGUCAUCAUCCUGGUGGGUGCUGGUGUGCAUGUGGGUGUGUCCAGUCUAGUCGUCUGCCAUGCCCCUGCGCUGCUGGUUGCUGUGCUUUUUUCCUCGUCCUCGCACGCUGAGCGCGAAAGCAUCGACGACUCAAGAAGCGUCGCUGCACAACAACGGUCGUCUAGGAUCAAGGCUCGCGCCAGCAAGAGGGACCGAAAAAGCGGCUUCGCACGCUUGCCCUUUUGGAGGUGCAUCGCGCCGGACACUGGCCGGGCAGGCUGCCUUCGCGUCGCGGAGUCGGACCGCCACAGCCCAUCUCCACGACGUUGCGUAAACUCGAACUCUCCCACCGUCGUCGCCCUGGUCCUAGCGCGGGUUCCGCCCGCCCCCUCCUGA